AUGAAGGUUGUGCUGAUCACCGGGUUUGAGAGCUUCAACUUGGACCUGUACAAGCAGGCGGCGGUGGCGCUGGGGCGCGCCUGCCCCGCCAUCUCCCUCCGCGUCUUCAGCGACCGAGACCUGGGCCCCCGCCGUGCCGAGGUGGAGGCUGCGCUGCAGGGCGCCGACGUCUUCUUCUCCAGCCUGCUGUUCGACUUUGACCAGGCAAGAAGAUGGGGGGUGGAGUGGCUUCGCGCCCGCAUCGGCCGCAUCCCGGUGCGCCUGAUUUUCGAGUCCUCGCUGGAGCUCAUGGAGGCCACCCAGGUGGGCGGUUUCAAGAUGGCGGCGGGCGGCAAGUCCAAGGGCCCGCCCCCGGCGGUGAAGAAGGUGCUGAGCCUGUUUGGGAGCGGGCGGGAGGAGGACAAGAUGGUGGGAUACCUGUCCUUCCUCAAGAUCGGCCCCAAGCUGCUCAAGUUCCUGCCGGGUCAAAAGGUGCGCGACCUGCGCACCUGGCUGACCGCCUACUCGUAUUGGAACCAGGGGGGCCUGGCCAACGUGGUCUCCAUGUUCCUCUACCUAGCCAAGGAGUGCUUUGGCCUGGAGGCGGGGGGCGCCGCGCCGCAGGAGGUGGUGGAGACGCCUGCCACCGGCUGCCUGCACCCCGCCCACCCAGGCUACUUUGCCGGCCCUGCCAAGUACAUGAGGUGGUAUGAGCGGGAGGGGCCGGUGCGGGAUCCCUCAGCUCCCACAGUGGGUAUCCUGCUGUACCGCAAGCACGUCAUCACCGAGCAGCCCUACAUCGCACAGCUGGUGGAGUGCCUGGAGCAGUAUGGGCUGCGCCCUCUGCCCAUCUUCAUCAACGGCGUGGAGGCACACACGGUGGUGCGAGACUCGCUCACCACCACCCACGAGCAGCAGCUGCUGCGUUCGGGGGUCCAGACCAGCCCCACGCUGAGCCGGGAGGCGGUGCUGGUGGAUGCCAUUGUCAACACAGUCGGCUUCCCGCUUGUGGGCGGCCCCGCCGGCACGAUGGAGGGCGGCCGCCAGUCUGAGAUUGCCAAAGCCAUCCUGGGGGCCAAGAACGUGCCGUACGUGGUGGCCGCCCCCCUGCUCAUCCAGGACAUGGCGAGCUGGGUGCGUGACGGCAUCGGCGGCCUGCAGUCGGUGGUGCUCUACUCGCUGCCUGAGCUGGAUGGAGCCAUAGACACGGUGCCUCUGGGGGGGCUGGUGGGCGACAACAUCUUCCUGGUGCCGGAGCGCGUCAAGCGCCUGGCCAACCGGCUGCACAAGUGGGUGGCGCUGCGGCGCAUGGCGCCACAGGAGCGCAAGCUGGCCAUCCUGGUGUACGGCUUCCCUCCCGGGGUGGGCGCCACCGGCACCGCCGCGCUGCUUAACGUUCCCAAGUCACUGGAGCGGGUGCUGGCGCUGCUGAAGCAGGAGGGCUAUGAUUUGGGAGAGGUUGGGGAGGACCUGGAGGGGGCUGGGGAGGCCAUAGUGGCGGCGCUGGCUGCCCAGGACGACCAGCGCGCCAUCGCCGAGGGGCCCAUCCCUUUCCUCCCCGACAACGACAUCCUGGUGUCGCGGCUGGAGAAGCAGUGGGGGGAGCUGGGCAAGUACCAGGGCCUCAGCGCGCGUGGCGCCAGCGUGGUCAGCGGCAUCCAGCUGGGCAACGUGUGGAUCGGCCCGCUGCUGGGCGUGGAGGGGGACCCCAUGCGGCUUCUGUUUGAGCGGGACCUGACCCCCCACCCGCAGUACGCCGCCUUCUACAAGUGGCUGCAGCAGGACUUUGGGGCCUCCGCGGUGCUGCACAUGGGCAUGCACGGCACGGGUGCGCUGCGUGGGCCGCGGGGGGCAGCAGGCGGGCCCGGCCCGCAUGCCAUGAACGCUGUGCUGUGCUGUGCUGUGCUGUGCUGUGCUGUGCUGUGCUGUGCUGUGCUGAUGCGGACGGCAUUGGCACCGAGGCGUUUUCGGAGUAUGCCUCCCGGGUGUACCAGUACCUGCAGGUGCUAUGCAGUACCUACAGUACACUUGCCAGCUCGGCUGGCGUCCUGUCCACCUGCUGAAGGGCCCAGGCUGCUCCCCCGCCCUCUCCUUGUCCGCUGCCGCUCACUCCACACCGCCCUGGCCCCCUCCCCUUCCUCUUCAAUGCAGGUUGUGGAGAACCGCAUCUUCUCAGAGGGGCUGCACGUGCUGGGCCAGGCGCCGCCUCCCGACCAGACUGCCCAGUACCUCUCAGCGUAUUUUGGCGACGACCUGCCGCCCGAGGCGGCGGUACGCAUCCGCGACCUGCUGGCGCUGAACAGCGAGGAGCUGCGCAGCGUGGCACGGGCACUGAACGGCGAAUACAUCCUGCCAGAGGCUGGCGGGGACCUGCUGCGCGAUGGCGCAGGCGUGCUGCCCACGGGCCGCAACAUCCACGCCAUGGACCCCUACCGCAUGCCCUCCCUGGCAGCCCUGGACCGUGGCUCCAAGGCGGCAGAGGCCAUCUUGCAGGCGCACCGGGAGGCCAACGACGGCGCCUGGCCCGAGACGGUGGCUGUCAACCUGUGGGGCCUGGACUCCAUCAAGACCAAGGGGGAGUCGGUGGCCAUCGCGCUGCACAUGGUGGGCGCCCGCCUUGUCAAGGAGGGCACAGGCCGCAUCGCCCGCUUCGAGCUGGUGCCUCUGGGGGAGCUGGGGGGGCGGCCGCGCGUGGAUGUGCUGUGCAACAUGAGCGGCAUUUUCCGGGACAGCUUCCAAAACGUGGUGGAGCUGCUGGACGACUGCUUCCAGCGCGCGGCCGAUGCUGACGAGCCGCCCGAGCUCAACUUUGUGCGCAAGCAUGCGCUGGCGAUGAAGGCGCAGGGCCUUACCAACCCCGCCGCCCGCCUCUUCUCCAACCCGGCAGGCAAGCCGCUGCCUCCUGAUGCCUUGCCCACCUGCUCGCCCGGCUGCACCUGCUUGCCAGCUGGAAGCUGCUGCGACUACGGCUCCAUGGUGAAUGAGCGGGUUGGGGCCUCCAACUGGGAGGAUGGGGACGAGCUGGGCAACACCUGGGUGUCCCGCAACGCCUUCAGCUACGGGCGGGGCGGCGAGCGCGGCACCGCGCGCCCCGAGGUGCUGCAGGAGCUGCUGAAGACCACAGACCGAGUGGUGCAGGAGAUUGACAGCGUGGAGUAUGGGCUGACAGACAUCCAGGAGUACUACGCCAACACAGGGGCGCUCAAGCGGGCGGCACAGGCUGCGCGGCCGGGUGCCAAGGUGGGGUGCAGCAUCGUGGAGGCAUUCAGCAAGGAGGUGAAGCCGCGGGAGCUGGAGGAGGUGCUGCGCCUGGAGUACAGAUCCAAGCUGCUCAACCCCAAGUGGGCGGAGGCCAUGGCGGCGCAGGGCUCUGGCGGCGCGUUUGAGAUUUCUCAGCGCAUGACGGCCAUGGUGGGGUGGGGCGCCACCACCGACUUCCGCGAGGACUGGACCUGGGACCAGGCGGCGGAGACGUAUGCGCUUGACCCAGAGAUGGCCGCCAGGCUGCGGUGGGCCAACCCGCAGGCCUUUGGCAACGUGCUGCGCCGCAUGCUGGAGGCUGCGGGGCGCGGCAUGUGGAACGCCGACGCCCAGACGCUGCGGCAGCUGCAGCAGAUGUAUGCCGACAUGGAUGACGAGCUGGAGGGCGUCAAGCGCUGA